AUGCCACCUCUAUCGAAGUUACGGGCCAGAGGAAGGCCAACGACUGACUACGAACGAUGGCUCAAUUUCAAUCCCGAGGAAGAUCCAUCCUCUCCUCCAAAAUACGGGCCAGAUAGAACGCACCGCUAUGUCGAUGAUUCGUCCGUCCGAUUUGCUCCAAACCGCCAGCUCAUGUUCAAUGACCAGCGCCAUAUGCCAUCCGGACAUACCCGUCAUCAUCGAAGAAUUGCACACUCGCAAGGACUAGUUCGAGGCAUCACGUUUUUCUGCGCCGUCUUGGUAGUCAUACUGGUCAUGCGGAUGUUCGUAGUCUCGCUCAUUCGCGCAUCCCGACGACGAAGAGACAUCGAGAGACAGAUACAAGAGGCAUCCCAGCGACAACAAGACCCGAGAGUCUACGAGGAUAACAAUGAAUUGAACGAACUGUGA